CGAAUGCAGAGGACGAGCGACGGAGACGAGACGAGCGCAGAAGCUGAGCUACGAGGAGGAGGAGGAUUUAGACGAGGGAUUUGGGCGACAGAGGAUCGAUCGGGGUCGAGAGGAGAUUGCGGCUUAUGAGAGGUGUAAGGGAGUUGACCGAUAGAGGCGUAGGAGGAGGAGGAGGAGGAGGGGCAGCGGGGCACGCGCAGACGAGGUUGAUCAAUGUAGGAGGAGGACGGGGAGGGCCGGGGCCGAGGAGGGUCACCUGGCAGCAGCAGCAGCAGCAGCAUUAUGGAGGAGGAGGAGGAGGAGGAGCGGAGGAGGAAUGGGGAAUGGCGGAUGUAUCGGAGGAUUUUGACGUCGAGGUGUACCCGAAGGAAGAGGUGUACGAGCGGCAGAGACCAGCCGAGGAGCUGCUGGAGGCGAAUCCUCGGCCCGCACCGAUUCUGCUGGCGCUGCUCAUCGUGCUCUGGCUGUGCCUGCCCUUCAUCGCGUCGGUGAUUUUUCUCGUGGUCAUCAUCGGCAUCGUGUCGACGACGGACGGGCCCUUCGAGUUCCUCUCGCUUCGCUCUUCCUUCUCCGGCCUGACCGCCGUCGGCGAGUCGCUGGGCCUCAAGGCCUUGUACCCUUACAUCGGCCGCAACAGCGGCCUCUGGGAUGUCAACAUCGUAGCCAAGCUCUGGAGUCAGCUGCUCGAUUCCUCCCCCGCCCUUCAAUCCAUCCACCAAGACGGCCGUGCUGUUGCCGCCACGCAGGUCGACUGGGUCGAGACCGGCGACGCCCAUGUCUUCAGAGCCGACAUGCCCGGGCUAAAAAAGGAAGACGUGAGAGUGGAAUUGGAAGGGGACAGUAUUCUUCAGAUCAGUGGACAGCGGACGAACGACUUUGGAGCCAGGCCGGAAACACUGCACAGACUGGAACGCUCCCAGGGUCGAUUUCUGAGGCGGUUUCAGCUGCCCGUGAAUUCGAAGAUAGAAGACGUCGAAGCAAAGGUCGAAAAUGGAGUGCUGACGGUGACUGUGCCCAAGCGAGAAAGAUAUCCUCUUGUUGUCAAGCGACAUGUAGCCAUACGCUGAAGUGUAUUGUGUGAGAUAAUUGGGAGGACUUGGCAGGCUUGCGAGGGGAGUAGAUGAUUUGUGUAUAUAAGCUGGACCUCACUAUCCAAGCUGUAAUUUUUUGAAGCACUGGUAGAUUAGAAUUUUUGCGUUGAAAUUAGGACACAGGUUUACAAAGCUCUGUAAUGGCUGGGGAAAGUCCAAAGCUGCUCAUCCCCUCGAGAUUUGAAAGCUUUUUCUUUCAAGUUCGACGUAACUCUACCACUUGAUUUGCUUUCUCCUUUAUGCUGUUCGGAGAUUGGAUGAAAUCUUCGCAGCCAUUGGGCCAGGUUUCCAGCUUUGAUGUGCUUGAACUGAUGGAUUUGUGUAGGAAAUUUGAAGCGUGAUGACGAAGGCAGAGUGAGGAACAGGAUGGUUUAUGUAGAGGUCCCGGAGAAAAAUUCCGUAUCAUCCAUUUUUCAAAGUAGCGUACCCAAAAUCACUCAUCUGACCUAUCACAGAACUUUUCAUUGAUGUGAAGGUUUGAAGCUCGAAAUUAAAGCCAACUCUUUUGUAUUUUAAGUAAGAAUCUUCGAUAUCAAUAAUAUUGGAAAUCUGG